AUGCCCACCGGGGUGGGCAGGGAUAGAUUGUCUCACUCCACGUGCGUCGUUUCGGUGUGUCUGCGAAUUCGUGCUAAGUUUCGUUCAGAGUGUGAUUCGCUCGCGGACGGAGAGAAGCGCCGACAACGGGAACCAGGGCAGAAGUGCGACUGCGAGGACGGCUGGGGCGGUGUCAAUUGUAAUGUAUGCGAGACCGACGAUGCAUGCCGCGGAUUCCCUUUGGCUGGCAAGCCACUGGAGGACGGGGAGGAGAUCAACAACAUGACAUGCUACAAAGGGGGCCUGACAGUCUUCGAGAACCAUCAGAUGUGCAAGGUCACCAACCGGAAGAUCCUCGAUAUGCUUCCGGACCGCCCGCCUGAGGUGACCUUCAGUUGCAACAAGCAGACCGACACGUGCCAGUUUCAGUUCUGGACUGCCCAGGAGGAGUCUUUUUAUUGCUCGCUCGACACUUGCACUUCGGGCGCGGACCCUGCUGCCGGUAUCAACGCAACUCGUUAUGAUUGCGAGCACAUUCAGUGCAAGUGUGUGCCAGGCCGCUUUAUUUGUGGGGAGAACGGCAGUAUAGAUAUCUCGGACUUCCUGAAGGAUGAGAUCCGGGGACCUGCGUCUUUCACCUGCAAACCAGGAGGUGGAUGUAAAUUUGAAGAACCUGCUAUGAACGAGCUCAUAGACACGAUAUUCGGCGAUGGCUAUAUCACUCUCGAGUGCAACGGCGGCGAGUGCCUGCACUACUCUCAGGUACCGGGUUAUGUGCCACCCCCAAAGCCAGACAACAGCAAUUGGAUCGCGCUGAGCGUCGCUGGCAUCGGCCUCAUUGUACUCUCCGGCCUCGCUGUGCUGUGGUACGCUGGGCGCACGCGCAGCGGUGACUUUGGCAAGAUCCGCCUGCCCGAGACGGAGACGGCGAAACUCAUGUCGGAACACGUCCCCGCGUCUCUGCACUUCUCCGAUAUCGCGUAUAGCCUAGGCGGGCGCGCGAUCCUCGAGGGUAUUUCCGGCUCCGCGAAGCCGGGACAGCUGUUGGCGAUCAUGGGCGCGUCGGGGGCAGGCAAGUCGACGUUCCUGGACAUCCUCGCGCGCAAGAACAAGCGCGGGCUGGUGAGCGGGCACAUGCUGGUCAACGGGCGCGAGGUUUCAGACACGGACUUCAAGAAGGUCGUCGGAUUUGUUGAUCAGGAAGACACGCUGAUGAGCACAUUGACUGUCUAUGAGACCGUGCUGUAUUCAGCGCUGCUUAGGCUGCCACGCGAGAUGAGCCUCGAGGCGAAGAAGUAUAGGACGCUAGAGACAAUGAACGAACUGGGUAUCCUUGGAAUCAAGGAUUCGAGGAUUGGUUCUGCGGGGCGGCGAUCCAUCUCUGGUGGUGAGAAGCGCCGUGUGUCCAUAGCUUGUGAACUGGUGACAAGCCCCUCGAUCCUCUUCCUGGACGAGCCCACAAGCGGUCUCGACGCAUUUAAUGCUCUCAGCGUUGUCGAGAGUUUGGUGACCCUUGCGCGCGACUACAACCGCACAGUCGUCUUUACUAUCCAUCAGCCGCGCAGCAACAUCGUCUCUCUUUUCGAUCAGCUAAUCGUCCUCGCCCAGGGCAAGCUCGUGUACUCAGGCGAAGCAGCGAAGUGUCAUGAAUACUUGGUAGACAUUAGCCACCCGUGCCCCCCAGGCUUCAACCUGGCUGAUUUCUUGAUCGACCUCACAAUGCACGCUGGUAUGGAGCCUCGGUCGCUCGAAAGCCCGGCGGCGGAGCUGUCGACGUCUGACGAUGAUAACCUUCGCGAUGAGGAGCGUGCCUUCGAUCAGGGUGCAGCGCCUUCGUCUGUCUCUGGUCGUUCGCACGACCGUUCGUCGUCUACUGUCGCAGACGAGACCGAGCUUCAGCCCCGCGCGUCCUCUGUCGCCGGCUCUGCGACUGGAUACGUCAAGCGUAAGACCUCGCAGUUACUGCAGUCCAUCACGCCCUCUUCGCACCCAGGGGACACACCGCUUCCGCCUCGGCUACAAGCGUUGGUGGAUAUUUUUGGCAAUAGCGCUAUUUACGCCGCCUUGAAGCAGGAUCUAGAAGAGGUCUCACGCACAGCAGAUCUGCCAGAUGUUGCAGUAGAGAACUCGGUUACGCGUGGUCGCAAGCGCGCUGGCUGGGGCACUCAGUUCCGCAUCCUCAGUGGUAGGGCCUUCAAGAACUUGUACCGGGACCCUGCCUUACUCAUCACCCACUACUCGUCUGCGGUCGCCGUUGCAUUGAUCUGUGGAUUCUUCUACCACAACGUCACCAAUGAUAUUGCUGGAUUCCAGAACAGAUUGGGUGUUUUCUUCUUCACGCUUGCACUCUUUGGCUUCUCUAGCCUAUCAAGUCUCAGCUUAUUCGCAAAUGAAAGGAUACUCUUCAUGCGCGAAAGAUCGAAUGGAUAUUACUCGCCGUUCACUUACUUUGCCUCGAAGAUUCUCUUCGACAUCGCUCCUCUGCGUGUAAUCCCUCCUCUCAUCUACGGCGCGAUUGUGUACGGCCUCGUUGGCCUAGUUCCCACCGCUCCGGCAUUUUGGAAAUUCAUACUCACUCUUGUGCUGUUCAAUCUCACGACGGCCAGCGUGAUCCUCCUCCUCUCAAUCGCGUUCGCCAGCACAAGCGUAGCUAGCCUUAUCGGGACCCUGAUCAUGCUAUUCAACCUGCUCUUCGCCGGCCUGCUGAUCAACCGCCAGACCCUCGGCACAACUUGGGAGUGGUUAAACCUUGUCUCGUUCUUCCACGCUGCAUUUGAGGCGCUAUCUGUCAACGAGCUCCGAUACUUGCAGUUGAAGGAAAAUAAGUAUGGUGUCGACAUCGACGUUCCGGCCGCUGCAAUCCUCUCCACUUUCGGGUUAAAAGCUCAGUCGUUCUGGUGGCCGAACAUCUCACUGUUGGGAAUCUUCUUCGGCACGUUCACUGUUUCCAGCUACCUCGUCUUACACUUCUACGUCAAGGAGAAGCGGUAGUACUUCGGAUACUCUCGACAAAGUAUGUGUACGCCUCUGUAUCACAUUCAAGCUCACUUUUUGUAAUGCAAUCACUUGUAUAAUACACGCGGACAUUUCUUGGAGUCGAACAUGCACGAGAUAGUCCCUU